AUGGUGGAAGCGGAUCGGCCCGGGAAGCUCUUCAUCGGCGGGCUCAGCCCAGAAAUCGACGAGAAAACCCUCGAGGCCGAGUUCGGCAAGUAUGGCCGCGUCAUCGAGGUGCUCCUGAUGAAGGAUCGAGAAACCAGCAAGUCCAGGGGCUUCGCGUUCGUCACCUUCGAAAGCCCCGCCGACGCCAAGGCCGCCGUCAGAGACAUGAACGGCAAGUCCCUGGAUGCGCCGCGCCGGGAGCCGCCCCCGCGCCGGGACCCCUACCUGGGCCCCUGGGAGGAGGGCUACUCGCCCAGGGACAGCUACUCGAGCCGAGAUUACCCGAGCGCCCGCGACUCCCGGGAUUUCGCCCCCUCGCCCCGCGAGUACACCUAUCGCGAUUACGGCCACUCCAGUGCCCGGGACGACUUUCCGUCGAGAGGCUACGGCGACCGAGACGGCUACGGGGGCCGCAGCCGCGAUUAUGCCGACCAUCCGAGCGGAGGCUCCUACCGGGAUCCCUUCGAGAGCUACGGGGACCCGCGCAGCGGCAACCCCGCGCGGGGGCCCCCGCAGUCGUACGGCAGCAGAGGCCGCUACGACGAGUACCGGGGCUGCUCGCCCGACGCCUACAGCGGCCGCGACAGUUACGGCGGCGGCAGGAGCGACCGCUACUCCCGNGCCGAUCGCGGGCUUCCCACGUCCCUGGAAAGGGGGUGCCCUCCGCCGCGCGAUUCUUACAGCCGGUCAGGCCGCCGGGCUCCCAGAGGGGGAGGCCGCCUAGGAAGCCGCCCGGAGAGAGGGGGAGGCCGGAGCAGAUACUAA